UUUCAACCCGAUAUAUAUCUCUGUGGCAGCUCCCCAGCCAAUCGCAUUCAAGUCUGGGUUGAAUGGCAAUUGCCUGGAUUCUUUGCUAGUUGCGCUCCUGCUAACCUUGAGAUUUCCCUCAGGUUGGAGUCGCGGAACUCGGUCAUCGAGCUGCCACUACUUCUAGAUCACCCCAUCGGAUAACUUGAAUUGUUGUCGGUCACUGGUUACUUUGUCUUUCGGGUUUUGACAACUUCUUUAUUUUCGUAUUAACUUCCGCGGAAGAAAUUUGGAUUGGACUUGACAGUAUUGUUUUUUCACUGGUAUAUGAAUUUGGCCGCGGAGCACUGACCUUCGAUAUCGGUCCAUGGAUUGACUGGUUUGGCCUCCUGGUAACAUAUCGAAGCUGUAUACUAUUGGUUAUGCUUGAGAAGAAGCAACAUUAUCUAAGCGAACGUUCCUUUUUGAAGUUGGAAACUGCACAGGUCUCCUCCAUUUGCAUACUGCAGUUCACUCAUUGAUCUGAUUGGCUUUAUAAUCUACUCAAUUUCUCCGAAUAUCGAGCUUUCACCAUGGCAGCAAGAUCUUUUGUGCUGGCGCCUCUUCGCGCAUCUCGACAAUGUCCUCGCUUGUCCAAGGGCGCUGCACCUCCAUUCCUCGGAAACGGUGCUGCCGUGCGGGAAAGGUGGUCGGGUCUUCAAGCGGAGUUUCGCGGCUCUUCAAUCUUCACAUUAGCUGGUCCAUCGAACUCAUUGCGAAGCAAAUCCCUGAACAACAACGGCAACGCGACUCUGCGCCUGACGUCUAAUUGGCACCAAAAUCUGGGCCUUCAAAGGAGAUGGCAUGCCACCGAGAAGCCCUCCGAUCAGACUGACGCUCAAAAAUCUCAAACUGGUUCAAAAAAGUCUCCAAUUCUGUCUCGUAUUCCCCUACCUUCCAGCCACGAGAACAUCUACACAGUUCCCAAUAUACUUACCAUGACCCGCUUGGUUGCCGCCCCUCUGGUAGGGUAUUUCCUUGUCCAUGAUUAUCACCAGGCCGCGUUGGCCCUAUUCGCUUAUGCUGGAAUUACCGACCUCGUUGAUGGCUACAUCGCACGGCGAUAUAACCUCCAAACGGUUGUUGGGACGAUCAUUGAUCCCAUGGCUGAUAAGCUACUGAUGACCAUUGGAGUCGCUUGCUUAGCAGUCAACGGCUCCAUCCCAGUGUGGCUCGCCGUCAUCAUCCUCGGCCGUGAUGUCGGCCUUGCUAUAUCCGCGAUUUACUAUCGUUGGAUCUCUCUUCCGCCGCCCAAAACCAUGGCACGGUAUUGGGAUUUUUCUCUACCUUCCGCGGAGGUCAAGCCUACGACGAUCUCUAAGGUCAACACCGCCCUGCAGCUGCUACUUGUGGGGAGUGCCAUUGCACUGCCUGUCGUCCCGGAAGCAAUCAUCGACGCAUGGAAUUUGAAAGAAGCAAUGACUGGAUUUCAAUACCUCGUCGCAGCCACCACCAUCUGGUCCGGAAUGAGCUACGUCUUCUCUAGAGAUGCAGUCAAGAUUCUUACAAAGGAAGAAGUACAAAAGCGUCUGGCAAGGGCCAGCGCGAAGAAGUCUAAUUGAGUAUAUCGCACCAAUACGUGUAUGUCACAUGUACAUUAGUUAGGCAUCUAUCUUACAUAUAGGAAGCGGUUUGCAUGUGGGUUGUAACUGUAUUUUGAGUUCAGCGUGAGUGCUUUUUUAUUGGAUUAUUAACGCCCUCGAGUAAGUGGUGAUCAAAAGCUGUUCUAGAAUAACAUAAAAAGGUAUCUUCAAUGGUUUAUCUAUAGUGUUAUUGUACAUGAUGAGAUGAGGUGAUUCCUAUAAAUAUGU